UACUUAAUGGACAAAGAUAUGGAAAUUUUAAAAAAUGAUGAUGAUAAAGCAGUCUGGGAGGGUGUUGAAUGCAACAGGCAUGUUCUGAGUCGCUACAUCAACCCUGCAAAGAUAACACCUUACCUACGACAGUGUAAAGUUAUUGAUGAGCAGGAUGAAGAAGAAGUACUUAACUUACAUCUGUUUCCAACUAGGGUCACUCGCUCAGGCCGCCUCUUGGAUAUCCUUCAUACAAAGGGUCAACGUGGUUACAUUGUGUUUUUGGAAAGCCUAGAAUUUUACUAUCCUGAACUGUACAAGCUGGUUACUGGAAAAGAGCCAACUAGACGAUUUUCUACAAUAGUGGUGGAGGAGGGACAUGAGGGUCUUACACAUUUUUUGAUGAAUGAAGUGAUCAAACUACAGCAGCAGAUAAAGGCAAAGGAAAUACAAAAGUGUGAACUUGCAGCCAACUCAAGAAAGCUGGAAGAUGAAAAAAAACACUUAAAGUUAGCAAACUUAGAGUUACUAACAUUUCAGGAACGAUACAACAAAAUGAAAGAAGAAAGAAAUAACUACAAUGAUGAAUUAAUUAAAGUAAAGGAUGACAACUACAACUUAGCAAUGAGAUAUGCACAGCUCAGCGAAGAAAAAAACAUGGCUGUUAUGAGGAGUCGAGAUUUGCAACUUGAAAUUGAUCGCCUCAAACACCACUUGAAUAAAGUUGAAGAGGAGUGUAAACUGGAAAGAAAUCAAUCCCUCAAACUUAAAAAUGACAUUGAGAAUCGGCCAAAAAGGGAGCAGGUUUUAGAAUUGCAAAGGGAAAAUGAAAUGUUGAAAACCAAAGUGCAAGAGUUACAGUCCAUCAUCCAGGGUGGGAAUCACAGUUUGCCUGAUUCAGAUAAAGCAAUAGUGGAUAUUCUUGAACAUGAUCGCAAAGAAGCCCUCGAAGACCGUCAUGAGCUAGUGAACAGGAUAUUUAAUCUUCAGGAAGAAAUACGUCAAGUUGAAGAUUUAAGGGACAAGUAUUUGGAGGAGAAAGAAGAUUUGGAGCUAAAGUGUUCUACACUUAUAAAGGAUUGUGAAAUGUACAAACAUCGAAUGAACACAGUUAUGAUACAGCUGGAAGAAGUAGAAAAGGAAAGAGACCAGGCAUAUCGGUCCCGUGAUGAAGCUCAGACACAAUACUCACAAUGUCUAAUAGACAAAGAUAAGUAUCGGAAGCAAAUACGAGAACUAGAGGAGAAGAAUGAUGAGCUUAGAAUUGAGAUGGUCAGAAAAGAAGCCCGAAUUGUCAACUUGGACUGCAAGCUAAGAAGAUUGUCUAAAGAUGGUAUUUUCCUAGACCAGACUUUACCAAGGAAUCAACACAACACAAAAUCCCCUGGCUCAGUCAUCAGUUGCCAAGAAGCUGAAGACUCCUCAGAUUCAGAAGAAUCGCCAUCUGAUAAUAACUUUUUUCUUCCAGAUCCAUCACAUAAAAAGAGAAGGAUGAACCUAAAGGGCAUUCCACAAAUUUUAAGAGCAAAAUCUCCAGUUUCUGAUAGGACGAUUGACUUUCAAGUCAGAGGGCAAAAUGAUGAUGGAAUGGACUCCAACAGUUUUAACAUGGAACCCGUCUUCUCACUCUCUGGAUCUGACAACAAAUCUGGCAUCAAAAACAUUUCAACUCUUCGAAAUCGCACUGACAGUGUUAUAUCAACAACACCAGAACCUCCUGGAAAUGACUCCAUCAUGAGACGCAGUAAGGAAGAUGCACAAGCAUACAGUCUACCUGAUGAGGAUGAUGAUAGCUUAGAACUUGAUGAGGAGUUUCAAGACAGAUACUUGUAUGGACCACCAUCUGUUCAUUCCUCCUCCUCUUCACACCAGUCAGAAAAUUUUGAGAGUUUUGACCUUGAACAAGUCAGCUCAAUAUUUAGAAAGUUGUCUUUGGAAAGACCUUUUCGCCCCUCUGUUACAUCAACAGGGCGGAUCAGAACCACUAAUCACUUUGUACAGCAUGCAACAUUGAACGGAGAUAACCUCAGCACAGAAAUCUCUUUGGUUGGUGGAAACCACAGGGGUAUUUUUAUCAACUUUGUCAAGCCUGGUUCAGGCGCAGAAGAAGCUUCACUGAAAGAGGGGUAUCAACUUUUAAUGCUAGAUGGCUUCAUUAAGGGAAGAAAGCAGUGUGUUCCUUUGGAUGCAUGUACUAAGGAAGAAGCUCAUUGGACAAUACAGAGGUGUAAAGGACAUGUUACAGUCCAUUUUAAAUCAAAUCAAGAAGGUUACCGUAAAUUGUUACGAGAUUUGGAAAAUGGAAAAAUCAAGUCAGGAGAUUCAUUUCACAUACGUUUAAAUCUAAAUAUUUCAAGCCAGUUGGACAGUUGCUCUUUGUCUCUACAGUGCGAUGACAUUGUACAUGUCCUCGAUACAAUGUAUCAUGGAAGAUAUGAGUGGUUUUGUGCCAAAGUUGAUCCAUUUACUGACAGAAAUCUAGAGGCAGGGACAAUACCAAGCUAUAACAGGGCUCAGCAGAUAUUUUUGGUCAAGCUGCAGAAAUUAAUGCAAAGAGGCAUCAAAGAUGAUGGAGAAGGUUCAAGCAAUACACUACGAGCUAUGAGAAAUACGCUUCAACCAGAUGAGACAUCUAUGCAAACUGACUCCAAGAGCAGCCCACGUCUUUCAAGAGCAAGUUUUCUGUUUGGACAAAUUUUGCAGUUUGUCAACCGCUCUGAAAACAAAUACAAAAGGAUGAAUAGUAAUGAACGUGUACGGAUGAUCUCCUGUAACUCUCCAUCUACAGAAACAAUGAAGCUUUUACUAGAUAAACAUGAUGACCUUGACCCUGACAGCAACUUCAAAAAGAGCCUGAAUCUAAUCCCAUACAGUUUGGUGCAACCUUUUCACUGUGAUAAAAGGCGACCAGUUCUUUUUGCACCCUGUACAAUAGCAAAUAUUCUAGUUAAAAAAAUUCUAAACUCUGGUGGAGCAUCUGAGUUUAAUACAUCUAAGCAAGAUAUCAUAACAAAAGAAGCAUUUCAAAAGAAGCAAAAAUCAGAAACAAUUAUCUACUUCAGAGAGAGGAAUGUAAACAGCUAUGAAUGUAUUACCACACCCAAUAUUGAGGCUGUUGCUUCAAAGAAUAAGCACUGUUUGCUUGAAGUUGGACUGGAAUGUACAAGGCAGCUAAUAAAGGCUAAACUCUUCCCCAUCAUCCUUUUUGUCAGAGUUUCAGAGAAAAACCUUAAGAAAUUCAGGAGGUUGCAAGCAUGGCCCGAGACAGAAGAAGAAUUUCUACGCACGUGUCGUCAGAAGGAAAAGGAGCUUGAGUCGGUUCCAUGUCUCUAUGCUACAAUAGAUGUGGAGUCAUGGGGCAGCAUUGAGGAUCUUUUAAGAAUAAUUAAGGAAAAAAUUGCAGAGGAACAACAGAAGACUGUAUGGAUUGAUGUUGACCCUGUUCAAAGUAAUGGCUAAAUUAGGCUUAAUAAGGUCAUAUAACACUUAAAAUGUAAAGCCGCUAACCCAGUGGAUGACUUUCUAAAUAUGGAUAGAAUAUUUUUUAUGGUCUUGCAUGUCUGGCAUAUUUUACAAAAUAAAAUUAAAUUACAA